CGCUGAUAGCAUUUGCUCGUAUUGUUUUCAGGAAGCCAGCUAGCUCAACGUAAAUCGUUAGCUCGGAGUAUUGAACCGGCGAGCUAGCCUGAUAGAAAACAGGGAAACAAAAAAAAAAAAAAAAUCGAAAUUUCACUCGACGAAGGAAAAAAAUAAAAUAAAAAAAUGGCUUGUGAGCCUAAUCGUGCCCGGCUUAUGUGCAUGCUCUCAUUGACUUUUGGGUUUUUUAUUGUGGAAGUGGUGGUCAGUCGGAUGACUUCAUCCCUGUCGAUGCUGUCGGACUCCUUUCACAUGCUGUCGGACGUCAUCGCCUUGGUGGUGGCUCUGGUCGCGGUGCGAUUCGCCGAGAAGACCCAGGCGACCAACAAAAACACCUUCGGGUGGAUCCGGGCGGAGGUGAUGGGGGCUCUGGUGAACGCGGUGUUCCUCACGGCGCUGUGCUUCACCAUCGUGCUGGAGGCGGUGGAGCGCUUCACCGAGCCCCACGAGAUCGAGAGCCCGCUGGUGGUCGCCGGGGUCGGCGCCGCGGGGCUGCUGGUCAACCUGCUCGGACUCUGCUUGUUCCACGGACACGCGGGAGGAGGAGGCGGAGGCCACGGACACUCGCACGGAGGUCACGGACACUCGCAUGGAAACAAGAACAAGCGGGUGAAAAACAAGAAGGCUGGAAACGGGUCUACACUGGAGGAGACCAACAACCUGGUGGGAAAUCACAGCAGCCCCGGGGAGGCGAGACAGAGAAAUGAAAUCAGCCGUAAAGCCAACACAGAGGCGCAGAUGAAUGGCAACACCCACUAUGAGGAGAUGGACCCUGACCUUGAACACGACUCAUCGCAGCUCAAUAUGCGCGGGGUCUUCCUGCAUGUGUUGGGUGACGCCCUGGGCUCUGUUAUUGUGGUCAUCAAUUCCUUGAUAUUUACCUUUGUGUGGAGGCCCUGCCAAGCAGAUGAAACAUGCAUUAACCCAUGUAUCAACAGCCACACCACAGAUCACCAGCAUGUCAAUCACACGCUGGUGGACCUGCUGGAAGGUCCCACUCUGUCACCCAUGACGAUGGCGGGCCCCUGCUGGGUUCUCUACCUGGACCCCACGCUCUGCAUCAUCAUGGUGUGCAUCCUGUUGUACACCACCUACCCGCUGCUGAAAGAGUCGGCCCUCAUCCUGCUGCAGACUGUGCCUAAGCAGAUCAACAUGCACCGCCUCAACGAGCGGCUACUAAAUCUGGAAGGCGUCCUCGCCAUCCACGAUCUGCACAUAUGGCAGCUGGCCGGCAGUCGCAUCAUAGCAACAGCGCACAUCAAGUGCCACGACCCCACAUCCUACAUGGAGGUGGCCAAGCGCAUCAAGGACUUCUUUCACGACGAGGGCAUCCAUGCCACAACCAUUCAGCCCGAGUUCGUCACGUUCAGCUCAGAGUCUCGUGACUCCCUGUGUGAGCUCUCCUGUCGGACUCAGUGCGCUCCCAAGCUGUGCUGCGGCUCUGUGGACAAACAGAACGCAGGUGGUGACAGGAAGGCCGGCACUGACUGUAAGGCUGCGUCCUCAGCUCUGGAGGUUAUCAACGAGACCCCGGAGCCGGCUCUCGCCGUUCAGGUGCGUCCUCACUCAGAGGACGCAGCCUCAGAGGCUGAGGUCAUGAUUGCCAGGGAAGUGGAGUCAUCUCUGUGAGAUGGGAGAGAUGGAGAGAAACAGAGGAGAAGCUGGAAAACCAUCACAUCAAGCUAAUUCCUCAUUGUCAUUGGUGCUGUUGUCUUUUUAAUCUGUGCCUCUGUCACAGAAAUACUUUCCUCAGCCUUUUAUUCUCUGUCAUUGCCUCCAGUUUUGGGUAAAAUUCAUCCCAAAAACACUCUAUGUUCAUGCAUUUAUACCCUUACUUUCCAGAUAUAUCCUUCUGUUUACCUAUUUUCACCUCCCCCUCCCUCCCAGCCUCUCCUCUGCUGCUCGGCCCCUCUCUUUUUGUCUGUUGCCCAGGCAGUGUGGUGGCCAUGCAUGUUGGGGUUCACUGACCUUAUCUCCUCCAGGACCGGAGUGAGGCCUGCAUGAGUGUCCCUCAUUAGCACCGUGUUGUGAUGUGUCAUCUUGUCCCAUGGUGUUUCUGUGCCAAAGCUUCUCACUGCAGGACUGAAAGGAUUCGAGAGAAGUCCUCCUCCCCUCCAAAAGGACACACACACACAACAAAAUGCAAGUCAGAGCACACAUCACUAGGUUAUUUUGUUUAGCCUACGGACCUGUUUGCAACGAGUCUACCUUUUUUGUUUUUAGCGUAGGCUUUAAGCAGAUCUAUUUUCUUACUCUCUGGCCCAAAAUUGAAGAGUAUUAUAUUGCAUACUAAUUUAAGUCUUUAAGUUAUUAGAAAUGAUCUAUUUCUCUUUGUAGAUGCUGUUUGUAAUAUUUAGUUUGGCUGAUAGAAACUUUUUUUUUCUGUCUUGAAUAUUUAGACAGACCAUCUAUGCUGUAGUCAUUUUUUUCAAAUGUGAUGUUUUUUUUUUUUUUAAUGAUUCUGUUUAUCAAGACUUUCCUCUGGCCUUGACUCAGUUUAAAAUGCAGUCAUGAGUUGGAUACAGAAGCUGUAUCUACAAACUCUCUCACAUUGCCUUUUGAACACAAACAACUGCUGUGGUAUAGCACUGUAGACACAGAAUAACUGUCUUGCAAUGGCACAGUCACCUAAUGAAAUGUUCCUUUAUAAGUUUAGCCUUGCAAGCCAGAGGGUCGGGUCUGUUGUGAAGCGAUUAGUACUGUAUGCUAUGAUGAGGAAUGAAACACUAUUCUCUGUAUGAUUCUGUAAUGGAAAGCUUUCUGGUGGUGGCUGUUGAUUUAAGUCCAGUAUCCUAAUGAAUGUGUUCAGCACCUCUUCACAAUCCAUGCUGAAAUUUUAUAUUUCCAGGACGUUUUACAAUGUUUGCAUGACCAAACUCAGACUUGGUGUUUGACUUUUAGCAGCUCCACUUUGAGCUCCAGUUGCUGCUUACCAGUACCCGCUGGUAUUUCCCCGACAUUACUCAUUACUGUGUAGGGAAUGACUCGUGUUGAGUCUGAUUUGUACUUCUGCAUUGGAUCGAGGCCGUAGCAUACGCCUUAGGUACGCAACCCCAAGCCCUGUGAUUGGACGGCUGGGUUUCGUCGUAUUUCUGGCAGUCACGACAUUUCCGAUAUCGCAGCUGUUUUAAAAAUUCUGCAGAAUGAUCAGCUUCAACUCCAGCAUGAUAUGUUGCCAUGGUUUCUAGCACAGUUACGCAGACACACCAAGGUACAAGUAUGUAUAGUGCUCAUGAUGACAUAGUCAACCCGGUGUAGCUACGGCGCAGAUUUGACGCAGAAGUACAUAAUCCAGGCUUUGUAGUUUUUCUGUCCUCUGCUGUGGACUGCUGAGCCAGCUCUUUUUUUUUUUGCUGAAUUGAAGACCAUAUGGUGGCCUUGGAAAUUUUAUGAAUUUUCACUCAUCACUACAGAUAUCAUUAGAAGGUGAUCCAUCAAAGUAUUUCAGAUUUCCACUCCCGUGUCAAUGUGUAUGCAAUAUAGAAUUUGUGCUGGGGAAUAUAUUUUGAUGCGUUCCUUCAUUUGUAAUGUUGGGUCACUUUUAUUCUGUGUCUUUUAAGACUUGAGCUCUAUGUGCAAAUUUAAAACAAGUGUUUUUUAAUUUUAGAUAUGACAUGUCAACUGAUGUGUUUUUGAUAAACUAUAUAUAUACAGUACUGUCCAAUGUGUCAUUGUGAAAUAAAAGAAAUAUGGCUGUUUGGUACAGUUUAUGAACCAAAA